GUAACUUGAACAAUUAAUGAAACCAAAAGUGCUUUCAAAUACAAAUGCUUAAACGGUCAACAUCACGGUAAUGUGCCAUGCGAAAGCUGUCAGUGUAAAGAAGACCGUACGAUGUGUGAGGCUAAUAAGUAACUAGUGAGCUACUAAAUGAGCUCCACUAGAAUACAAGAAAGAUAAAAUGUGGUUCCUAAUACAGAGGGAAACGACGACACAUUACACCCCAGCCAACCACAACUCGACAACACAUCCUCAAAACCACUUGUACUCCCUGAAACCGCUUUUCCAUCUCAACUCGUGCCAUGUUAAUUAUAAUCCUCAUUUUCCAUAUCCUGCACACACUUUCUCAGACGCCUUCAGAGCUUUGGCUACAAGAAGAAAAAAAAAACAAAAUUAAUUCAGUUCAGUUCAUUUCUUUAUAUAUAUAGGGUUUCAAGUUGUUGUCUUUCUUUUUUUGGGGCUAGGCUUGGAUUUUGCUCUUGUUUGGGUUUUUUGGUGAAAGAAAAAUUAAAGAGGCAGGAGGUGCAAGCAAAAGAGUGUAAAGUUUUAACUGAGAGAGAUCGUAACUGUUAUCAUGGGAAGGGGUAGGGUUCAGCUGAAGCGCAUAGAGAACAAGAUCAACAGACAGGUGACUUUUUCCAAAAGAAGAACUGGGUUGCUCAAGAAGGCUCAUGAGAUCUCUGUCUUGUGCGAUGCUCAGGUUGCUCUGGUUGUCUUCUCCAACAAGGGCAAACUCUGUGAGUACGCCACGGAUUCAUGCAUGGAUCAAAUACUUGACCGCUACGAGAGAUACUCUUACGCAGAAAGACAGCUAGUCGAACCCGAUAUUGAAUCACAGUGUAACUGGACCUUCGAAUAUUCUAGACUAAAGGCUAAAGUUGAGCUUUUGCAAAGAAAUCAGAGGCACUAUUUGGGAGAAGAUCUCGAUUCGUUGACUCUGAAAGAGAUCCAAAGUUUGGAGCACCAGCUCGAGACCGCUCUUAAACAAAUUCGAUCAAGAAAAAACCAACUCAUGCAUGAGUCCAUCUCUGAGCUUCAGAGAAAGGAAAGGGCGAUGCAGGAGCAAAAUAACUUGUUGGCAAAGAAGAUCAAGGAGAAGGAGAAGGCCGCAGCUGAGGAGGUUCAUAACUGGGAGCAGCAAAACAAUGGCCUCAACUUGCUUCCACAGCCGCUUCCAUGUCUAAACAUGGGGGGCACGCAGCAAGAUGAAUUCCUUCAGGUGAGGAGGAACCAGCUGGACCUUACUCUGGAACCAUUAUAUUCAUGCAACCUCGGAUGCUUUGCUGCUUGAUCAUCAAUCAGUACAAAAAGAACAAAACAAAACUACAUAUGUUGGUUUGGUUGUGUAUUAAAUUUCUGGUUUCUUGGUAAAUUUGAACCUAGACUUUGCUAAGGUAUGUGGUCGCAAUCCAAUCAUUGACAGACUAUCAAACAAUGCCAAUGAGGAUUUCAACUUUAAAACUGUUCUAUUUAUUGAUGCCAUAAUUGUUGAG